GAGAUCUGGACCACUGACACACUGUCGGUACAGCGUCAGGUGCUGCAGCCUCGUCUUUAGGCCUCCAGGUCUUUCCAGCUAUCCAUCUUUGUGUGGGAACGGCCGAGUGUUUCAUGUAGACUGCAACGGACGGCCUGCCUGGAGGACAAGCAGCCCACAGCAGGACCAAAAGGGGAGACAACAUAAUACGAAAGCACCUGCUAGAAAUGGGGCAAUGUGGAUUGAGGUGUUCCUGUUCCUUGUGAACUGCGGAAAAGAAGCAACCACGAGGACGGAGGAACGACUACCCGGAGGAGGCGGUGGUAUGGGUGGGGGGGCAUUUGGGAUGGCGAACGGAAAUGAGAGCAGCGAAGGGCCUGCUGGGCCCAUGGCAGCAGUGGUGACUACCACAGGAGGUAUGGUAGCAGAGAGUCCCUCCUCUGCUGUCUCCACCUAUGUCAAACUGGUACUACUGGGGCUGAUCAUCUGCAUCAGCCUCGUGGGCAACCUGGUGGUGUCUCUGCUCGUUCUGCGGGACCGGGCUCUGCACAAGGCACCUUACUACUUCCUACUGGAUUUGUGCCUGGCAGACACCAUUCGCUCAGCCAUCUGCUUCCCCUUUGUGUUGGUAUCUAUAAAGAACGGCUCAGCCUGGACCUACAGUGUGCUAAGCUGCAAGGUGGUGGCCUUCAUGGCAGUGCUCUUCUGUUUCCAUGCCGCCUUCAUGCUGUUUUGCAUCAGCGUAACACGCUACAUGGCCAUUGCACACCACCGCUUUUACUCAAAGCGCAUGACAUUCUGGACAUGUGUAGCAGUGGUGUGCAUGGUGUGGACACUGUCUGUGGCAAUGGCUUUCCCGCCCGUUUUUGAUGUGGGCACCUACAAAUUCAUUCGGGAGGAGGACCAGUGCAUCUUUGAGCAUCGCUACUUCAAGGCUAAUGAUACGCUAGGCUUCAUGCUAAUGCUGGCUGUGCUCAUUCUUGCUACACAUGUUGUCUACAUGAAGUUACUCCUCUUUGAGUACAAGCACCGCAAGAUGAAGCCGGUCCAGAUGGUGCCGGCCAUCAGCCAGAACUGGACCUUCCAUGGGCCGGGGGCUACUGGCCAGGCGGCAGCCAACUGGAUUGCGGGCUUUGGCAGGGGUCCGAUGCCGCCCACUCUGCUGGGAAUCCGGCAGAACUUGCACAACCAGAACCGGCGCCUUUUGGGCAUGGAGGAGUUCAAAGCAGAGAAGCAGCUUGGCAGGAUGUUCUACGUGAUCACCCUGCUGUUCUUGGUGCUCUGGUCUCCCUACAUAGUGGCUUGCUAUUGGAGGGUGUUUGUCAAGGCUUGCACAAUACCACACCGGUACCUCUCCACCACCGUGUGGAUGAGUUUUGCCCAAGCCGGGGUCAACCCAAUUGUCUGUUUCUUCCUUAACAAAGACUUGAAGAAAGGGCUCCUUUCCCACCUACCAGCCUGCUGCAGGACUAAACCUCAUCUGCCACGAGAGCCUUAUUGUGUCAUGUAA